CCAUACCUCCCGAUGUUUUUAUCGGCUGAUGCCGGCUAACAGGCUAAUAGCUACCGCUAACAGUGGGUCUGAGCCGGUCCGCAGCGGGGCAGCGAGUCGGUGUCAGCGGACCCUGAUAGCAUCCACCCCCUCCCGGGACCCUCUCUGCUCCCACCCCGUCCUUCGUCUGUGUACUUUGGACCUUCCUCCCGCAGGCCGCUGUUAUCUGCGCGACUUUUGCCCUGUUUAUCCCGCUGCGACUCCUGCUCGCCCGUUAGCCAAUAGCGGCCACAAAGCGGCUCCUCUCCGCGGCUUUCUCUCCUGAGGCUCCACGGACCGGACGGACAGCAACGGGAUGAGCUAUGGCAUCGGUCCGGGUGGCUGUGCGGGUCCGGCCCAUGAACAGGCGGGAGAAGGAUCUGACCGCAAAAUGCAUCAUCAAGAUGGAAGGAACCAAAACCUCCAUCACCAACCUGAAGAUUCCCGAUGGCGUCCUCGGAGACUCGAUGAGGGAGCACACCAAAACCUUCACGUAUGACUUCUCCUACGACUCGAUGGACUGCAAGAGCGCCGCCUUCGUCUCUCAGGAAAAGGUCUUCAAAGAUUUGGGCUCCGACGUGCUGAAGGCGGCGUUCGAGGGCUACAACGCCUGCGUCUUCGCCUACGGUCAGACGGGCUCCGGGAAGUCCUACACCAUGAUGGGAGCACCGGGCGACGCCGGUCUGAUCCCGAGGAUCUGCGAGGGUUUGUUCAGCCGUGUCUCGGAGGCCACUCGAUGGGACGAAGCUUCAUUUCGCACAGAAGUCAGCUACCUGGAGAUCUACAAUGAGAGGGUCAGAGACCUGCUGAGGAGGAAGUCCACUCAGACCUACAACCUGAGAGUGAGGGAGCACCCCAAAGAUGGACCCUACGUAGAAGAUCUGUCCAAACACCUGGUGCAGAACUACAGCGACGUCGAGGAGCUGAUGGAGGCCGGAAACAUCAACCGCACCACCGCCAGCACCGGCAUGAACGACGUCAGCAGCCGCUCGCACGCCAUCUUUACCAUCAACUUCACACAGGCGAAGUUUGAUGCUGAGAUGCCCAGUGAAACCAUCAGUAAGAUCCACCUGGUCGACCUGGCCGGCAGCGAGCGAGCCGACGCCACCGGAGCCACCGGCGUCCGACUGAAGGAGGGAGGAAAUAUCAACAAGUCGCUGGUCACUCUGGGCAACGUCAUCUCUGCUUUAGCCGACAUGGCGCAGGGCGGCGCCAACACCAACCUGAAGAGGAAGUCGGUGUUUGUUCCCUACAGAGACUCGGUGCUGACGUGGCUGCUGAAGGACAGCCUGGGCGGAAACUCCAAGACCAUCAUGAUCGCCACCAUUUCUCCUGCUGAUGUGAAUUACGGCGAGACGCUCAGCACUCUGCGCUACGCCAACCGAGCCAAGAACAUCAUCAACAAGCCGACCAUCAACGAGGACGCCAACGUCAGGCUGAUCAGAGAACUGCGGGCUGAAAUCGCUCGGCUCAAAGCUCUGCUGGUUCAGGGCAACCAGAUCGCUCUGCUGGAUUCUCCCACCGCGCUGAGUAUGGAGGAGAAGCUGCACCAGAAUGAAGCCAGAGUCUUGGAGCUGACCAAAGAGUGGACCAACAAAUGGAACGAGACUCAGAACAUCCUCAAGGAGGAGACUCUCGCUCUGAGGAAAGAGGGCAUCGGCGUGGUGCUGGACUCCGAGCUGCCUCACCUUAUCGGCAUCGACGACGACCUCCUCAGCACCGGCAUCAUCCUUUACCAUUUAAAGGAGGGACGGACCUACGUGGGCAGAGAGGACGCGUCCACAGAGCAGGACAUCAUUCUGCACGGCCUGGACCUGGAGAGCGAACACUGUAUGUUUGAGAACCGGAACGGGACGGUGACUCUGGUGCCGCUCGGCGGAGCUCAGUGUUCGGUUAACGGGGUCCAGGUGACGGAGCCGUCGCAGCUCAACCAAGGCGCCGUUAUUCUUCUCGGCAGGACCAACAUGUUUCGCUUCAACCAUCCGAAGGAGGCGGCCAAGCUGAGGGAGAAACGAAAGAGUGGCCUUCUCACCACAUUCAGCCUCUCUAUGACGGAUUUGUCUAAAUCCUGUGAGAACCUCUCCACUGUGAUGCUCUACAAUCCCGGUCUCUUCACUGAGAAGGGCCCCGUCUUCCUCAGGUUGGAGUUUGAGCGACAGCAGCGAGAGGAGCUGGAGAAACUGGAGAUGAAAAGGAGGCUGAUCAAAGAGAUGGAGGCGAAGCAGCAGAGCGAGAAGGCGGAGCUGGAGCGCCUCCAGCAGGAGGUCGAGAGUCAACGUAAGGAGUCAGAGGAGGUGCAGCAGCGGAUCCUCCGACAGGAGGAGAGCCUCCACCGCCGCAGCCAGGACAUCGAGAGCCGCCUGCGAGACUUCCUGGCUGAGAAGGAGCGCUUUGAGGAGGAGAGGCGCUCCGAGAUCCGGGGGUUUGAUCUCCAACGGAGGCAGCGGCGGAAGGAGCUGCAGGAGUGUGAAGCAGAUGGGGCGGAGGAGCAGGACGAGCAACAGCGGAAACAGCAGGCGGAGAUCUACCGCGAGCUGGAGAGGCUGAAGAGGGAGCGUGAGGAGCAGCAGGUCCGUCUGGAGACUGAACGGCGGCGGCUGGAGGAGCAGGAGCGGGAGCAGCUCAGUCUGGUGGGGAGGCUGGAGGAGCAGCUGAGAGAGAAACACGAAGCUGCCACCACCCUGCUAACCCGGGAAGAUUCCCGACGCCUUGAGGAGGAGCGGCGAGCACUGGCAGAGAUCAGAGAAAUGCUCCUUCGUGCCAAAGAGACUGCAGAGCGGCCAGAUGUGGAGGACGCCAGUGAGGAGGCGAGAGCUGCCCAGAGCCGGUACGUGGACUUCAAGACGGCUCAGGUGAAGGAGCUGGAUCUGCUAGAGGAGGGGCUGCUGCAGCAGAGGGAGCGCCUGGAGAAGGAAGUUGCUGCAGAGCGCAACACCCUGCUUCUCCUCACUCACAGCCUCAAAGAACGUCAGCAGCAGCUGAAGGAGACGCCGGAGAAGGGAGCGCAGGACGCCACGUGGAGCCAUGAGGAGCAGCUGGUCACACAGGCGGAGCACAGGCUGCAGUUUAAGGAGCGACAGCUCGCCAGCCUGGCCGACAGUCUCCUCCCCGCAGUCGCUGAGGAGAAGCAGAGAGCUGUGGAGGUGCUGGAGCGUAGCAGUGGAGGCAGCAACGGGAACUGCGACAAUCCUCCGGGCCUCGACAACACGCUGUUCCAGGUGGAGAAGGAGCUGGAGGACAAGGAGGAGAAACUGAACCUCCACUGGCACAGCGCCCAGCAGCUCCAGCAGCUCCAAGAGACCUACGAGUUCACGGCCAACGUAGCACGGCAGGAGGAGAAAGUGAGGAGGAAGGAGAAGGAGAUCCUCGAGUCGAAGGAGAAGCAGCAGAGGGAGGCGAUGGAGCAGGCCGUGGCCCGGCUGGAGAAGAGGCACUCCGCCUUGAGACGAAGUAUCUCCCUCGAGCCCGACUCUGAGGAGCAGAGGCACAAGAGCUUCAUCAUCAGGACCUCGAGGACUGGGGCGGAGAUGGACCAGCAGAGGGUGGAGCAGGAGAUCCAGAAGCUGCGACAGAGGAUCAGCGAGGGCGAGGAGGUCAGCAGGACUCACUCGAUCAGCAACGAUGAGAGGACGGUUCACAGCGGCUCGCCGGUCAGCCACAUCCAGAGUCUGAACACCCUGCUGCCGCUGUCGGACGACAGGAUAAACGCGUACAUCGAAGAGGAAGUCCAGCGACGGUUACAGAAGAUGAAUCUCCUGAAUGGCAGCAGCGGCGUGGAUCUGUCUCUGUCCUGUGAAUCCCUGCGAGAGGAGGAGGAUGUUAGCGACUGUAGCUCUGUUAGAUUGACAGAUGAGGAUGAGGAAAAGCUCCAAAACAUGAAUCCAAGGAAGCUCAAAUAUCAGAGAGCCAGCGGGUCUAGCUUCCAGCCUUCCCUGGAGUUUGAGGCAGUCUGUCCUCCUAAUGUCCACAAAAAUGUGUCAGAAGAACCAGAGAGUGGUCUUGUACAGAUUCAGAGAGAAGAAAUGCUAGAAUCUACAGAUGAAGUCUUGAUUGAAAAAGUAGGAGUUCCUAAAGAAAGUGACCUCAACAAAGGAAAAGUGAUUACUCCACAAGGAGAAGUGGGCCAAGCAGUUUGUUACCGUGACUGUUUUAACACCGACCGUGACUUUAGGCAAGAUGAACCCCAGGACCAACAAACCAACAAAUCUGAUGAAAACGAGCAUUUCAAGAAGGAUGAAGGUGAUUCUACCUGCUGUGUUGGUGAUGAUGAUAAAAAGCAGGAGCUUCUUGUUAAUGGACGCUCUUCAUCUUACUCAGAGGAAAAAGCUGAACACCAAACAUGUGACCCAGUGACAGCAGAAGAGGCCAAACUUUCCAGUAAUCAUUCAUCAAAGUUGCACAGCUUUAACAGUGGUUACUUUGGUUCAGUGAUCCAGUGGUUAACAGUAAGUCAGCAGCAGAUGAUGGAAUCCUUUAAGGGUCAAACAAAACAGGAGAUGGAUCCGGAAGCAGAGAAGAUGACGGCCAGUAAGAGCUAUGUUUUUGGGUGCUUUGCUGAAAAACUUUCUGAAGUGUAUAAAGAUGCUGGUAGAAGGCUACAGGGCACACGGGACAUCAUUCGAAAUGUUCAAGCAGGCGAAAUGAAGGUCGUCCUUUCUCAGUAUGUGACCAUGAUAUCCAAAGAGCUGCCACUGAUUCCUCGAAUGCAGCCUCAGCAACAGCCGGAGCCUCCCAUCACAGCCGAACACAAGGGAAGUUCAGUGGACCUGUCAAAGGAUUGUGCCCUGAGGCUUCCUCAGAAUUACUGUACAUCAGCAAUCCCAAAUAUCUCGGGAUGGCCCGAAGGAUCCGUAUCUUCAUCGAGAAACACAAGUCCAGAAGUGUUCCAUCAGAGGCUGGUCAUGCUUCCAACAGUUCUCUCUGAACUACAGACAUUCUCAUCCCAGAAGAUCCUGGAAAAACUGGAAUCUUUGGCUCCUCAGGAGAAUUGUGGCAAAGUUUUGAGCCUGUUUUGGCUCAGAGUAGCUAACCGUAAGAAACCAGUCCCAAGACCUGCCUGCCUGCUUUUGUCAGAAAAGAACUUAAUGGUUCUCUCAGCUAGCACAGAUUCUACAGACACUGUGACUAUUUUUCAUCGUUUUAAACUCCGGGAAAUCAAGGAGGUCCAGAUUAGUCUGGCAGGGCAGCACAUCCGCCUAAUUAGCAGCACCGAAGACACCGUCCUAGCUGUCUUCACUUACAGCAAAGAGCUUACUCAAGACUUCUGCAAGGCUCUAGUGAAGGCUCUCUCUCUUGAGAUGUUCCCUGAAGGGACUGAAGGUCACCCACUACUCUCUGAUGACCUCAUGGUAAUCUCUUUGGAUUGGACUUCGAUUGUUCCCGACAUCAACCCGCACAGUGGGCCUCACAUCACUUCCAGAUUCAAGCGGGUCCUCGCAGACCUACUCUACAUCAUCCACGGGAACAUGGAUGGUCCCGGCAAACCUUCCCUUGCUAAUAUUUGUCCUCUGCUCUACACCAGUGUCAAAGUCAGGAACUCCACCCGUGGGCACCAGGACACUAUCUUGCAGUUCCUCCUGACAGACACUCACGUAGCUCUUUUCCAGGAGGAUGGCGUCUUCCAUCCAGUGCCACGGGGAUCCAGUCUGGUCCCCGCCCGGCCUCAGUUUCAAGGACUCGAACUCCGCAAGCGUUCAGACAUCAGAUGCCUGCUCGUGAAGAAGACUGACACCUGUGUGGUGGUAGAUUUUGUUUUUAAAAAGCCACAAACUCUAAAGAGAGAGAUGCAGUUCAGACGGGACUCGGCUGGUGUUCCCUCUAAAGAAGAGUCCUGGAGAUUAUGCUUUGGCUGCUCCUCAGAAGCUCAGCACUUGGUGUCUCGUCCUCCUGGGAUGAGCUGUGACGGUGUCCAAGAGCCUGUUAAAAUUAGCAUUCCUCGUUACGUUCUCCGCGGGCAGGGGAAGGACGAGCACUUUGAGUUUGAGGUGAAGAUCACGGUGAUGGAUGACACGUGGACGGUGUUCAGACGCUACAGCCGUUUCCGGGAAAUGCACAGGAACCUGAAGUUAAAAUAUUCAGAGCUGACCGCUCUCGACUUCCCACCAAAGAAGCUGUUUAGAAACAGGGACGAGCGAAUGGUCGCCGAGCGCCGGACUCACCUGGAGCGUUAUCUGAAGGACUUGUUCCGGGUGAUGCUGUCGUCCUCCAGCUCUCCCCUCCGAGCAGACGAAGACGGCCUUUUCCAUCUGUCCAAACGAGAUGUCUGCGAGUUCUUGCCGUUCUUCAAAAAAGGCGUCUUUGAGUACAGCAGCCACGGCACCGGCUGACUGCGCCGCGCCGUCGGAAACCUCCAAAAAACCAAAACAUUAAAAGAACUGCUCGGUGCCUUUUUCUCCGGCGCUGCAGAGCGGGAGAGUCACCUCAGCCGGGCAGAGCAGGGAAAACGUGCAGGUCAGUUUUUCCUCUCCAGCUCCCUGCUGUCGUCAGAAUCGACCAAUCAGGUGCCACUCAGCAUGAACGCUAAACAGGAAGUUUGUUCAGAGGAAAAUGGGACUCUUCAAGAUCCGUUCACGCAAUAAGCAUCUGUAUUUAAGGUGUUCACCUGCAGCUGUGAUGUUCAUGACUGUCACUGUGCUCGGGCUCAGUGGAUCAGGGCAUUUUUAGUCACUUCAUUAAACAUUCACUCGUUUCAGAAGAGCUGCUCCUUCUCAGUUUAUCAGUGAUGUUUCCUUUGCUGGCUUUAGAUUCUGUUUAUGUGCACGAUGAGCGCUGUGCUCAAAACAGCUCCUGCAAAAAGAAGCAAGCAGGUCAAUGACUGCAUCACCCAGAAACCUCCAUCUUAGUGGGCGGAGUCAGGGGGACGUUCAUGAACACCAGUUACACAAAGAUGGCAAACCAAGCUGCUACAAUCACAGCAGCUGCACUCGUGAUGGGCAAUUAUUUUGAGGCUUCUAGAUGAACUGUAAUUUGGACUCUGAGAUAUAAAAACUGCUCAAAAAGAAUCACCAGGAAAAACCACACAUCGACCUCUGAGGCUGGAAAAUGAAAAACCUGCAGUUCCUCUGCCGUCCAGCAGAGGCGCCACAGUGAGUCAGUCCCCAUAGACUCCAAUGUUAAAACUUCCCAGCAGAAAUAAACAUGUUUACAGCUGAUACAGAA